UGAGUUACUUGAAUGGAGUUUCCUUUAUAACUUGGAGCUUGAGACAGAGCAAAACACAAAUGGUUGAGACAAAGCUCGAUCUGAUCUCAUGUUUCGAUUCUGACUAUGUUUGAUUUAGGUGUCUGAGGAGAGAGUGUGGUGUUAUUGAUAAGAGUGUGAGGAGUGGAAGUAACAGAAAACAUGAACAACAGUGGUGGAGGGACUAUGAUGGGUUUGAGCAAUGGUUACUAUGGGAGAUCGCCAUUCACAGUGUCUCAGUGGGAGGAACUGGAACACCAAGCUUUGAUCUUCAAGUACAUGCUUGCGGGUCUUCCUGUGCCUCAGAAUCUGGUGCUCCCCAUUCAGAAGAGCUUCAAUUCUAUACCACAUGCCUUCUUUCAUCAUCCCACAUUGAGUUACUGUUCCUUCUAUGGGAAGAAGGUGGACCCAGAGCCAGGGAGAUGUAGGAGGACUGAUGGAAAAAAAUGGAGGUGCUCCAAGGAAGCAUACCCAGACUCCAAGUACUGUGAGCGCCAUAUGCACCGUGGCCGCAACCGUUCAAGAAAGCCUGUGGAAUCACAAACUAUGACUCAAUCCUCUUCAACUGUCACAACACUUGAUGUCACUGGUGGCAGUGGAAGCAGUAGAACUGUAAACUUCCAAAACCUUCCUGCAAAUGCUGUUGGUAAUCUCCAGAGUACUGAUUCUGUAACUGACCAUACCAGUUAUCAUCUAGAUUCCAUUCCUUAUGCCAUCCCAAGUAAAGAAUACAGGUAUCUUCAAGGACUUAAAUCUGAGGGUGGUGAACAUAUCUUCUUUUCUGAAGCUUCGGGAAGCAGCAAAGUUCUCCAAAUGGAGUCACAACAGCUGGAAGACACAUGGUCUUUGAUGUCUAACAAUGUUGCCUCUUUUUCUACGUCAAAAUCAAGCAACGAUUCCCUGUUGCAUAGUGAUUACCCUCAAAACUCGUUUUUAUCUGGUGAAUAUGCAUCAGAAGAGAACCUGAAGGAGGAGGGUCAGUCUCUUCGACCCUUUUUCAAUGAAUGGCCAAAAGGCAGGGAUUCAUGGUCUUGUCUGGAAGAUGAGAGAUCUAACCAAGCAGCUUUCUCCACAACUCAACUUUCAAUAUCCAUUCCCAUGUCUUCUGAUAUCUCUGCAACGAGCUCUCAGUCCCCACAUGGUGAGAAUGAGAUUCAAUUUCGGUAAAAAUUUAGCUUCUAAACAUGGAUUAGCUGUUCUUGUAAUUAUACUGUUGCAGAUAAUUAAAAGCAGUCUUUGAAAUGUUAAUGAAAGGAU